AUGGUUAAAAAUGAAAAUGUCAUCAUCACUUUCCAUUUUCUAUGUUCUAAAAUACUGGCAUCUGAUGACAUACUGUUGUGUAUGAAAAUGUCAUCAUCACUUUCCAGCCAUUAUAGAAGCUGAACUACAACUCUAGUGCUGCUGAUGGUUUGAAAGACUCUUCGAAAAACCCUAAUUAUGCGUCGUCGCCAUUAAAGUAUCAGGUAUUCUAAGUUUGAUACAUUGCUCAAAUGGCGAGUACAAGUAGUAAAUCAUGGAGAAUCAUAUCACGACCAAUUUUAGAAACUGUGUUAAACAAUCAUGUUCAACAUCAUCGUGUUCAUCAACCCCUUAUUCUCCAUGGUCCUCGCGGUGUCGGCAAAACAACCCUAAUUCUCGAACGUUUAAUGGAGAAUUGGAACAAAGGUCCACAUAUUACAGGGUACGUUGAUUUUGCGCAUUCAAUUAAGGAACAUCAUCCAUCUCAAUGUGAAUCUUUUCCUUGGAGUUCUUGGAAUGCGGCGACCGAGUCACCGCCUCCAUUGUCUUUGCUUAGAACACAUUUGGAGAAAUGUUUAGAAUCUUUGGCUGAGAGAGGGAUUGUAUUAGGUCAAAUUACUUCUAGUCAGAUUUUUACUUUGCUUAAUAAGUGGCAUGGUCUUAGUAAUGCUCUUAGGUUUAUUUUGGAGAAAUCGAAUUCUGGCAGUUUGAAAAAAGGCGGGGCUUUGAGUAAGGUUUCGGCAUCUGUGUUGUGGGAAAGGGCUGUUUUUGCGUAUUCGGGGAAGUGGGAUGGGAAGGAUAAUGAGGGAUUAGCUGGUUUGAAAGGGAUGAACGUUGAAGAGAGGUCUUAUUUAAAAGAGGCUGUUAUGGCUUUGAGAUUGGCUAAAGAGGUUAUAAGAGUGCAGCAACAGUGGAGAAGUAAUGCUAUUGCUGAUUUGAAUAGGAAUGGCGGGUUUUCGAGAUCGCUUAUGAUUUCGGCCACUGAUUGGCCUGGCUUAUUGUUAGAGUUGUUGUCUUCAGCUUCUGAAAUUGAUCAUUUUCAGCCGAAGCUUGUGCUCAACAAUAUAGAGGUCCUGAAGAAUGCAAUUACAAACGAUGAUUCUACAGUGUGUGCACCAACUUACCAUGAUAGCUUAAUAUGGAGAAUUAUUUCUUUGGGUGCAAAUGAGAUGUGCCUCCCUGUCAUUAUUAUGACAUCUGAUAGUUACUAUUCCUAUCGUGCCUACAUCGACUUUGGAUUUCCAGACAUUUUUAUAUCUCGGGAGACCUUUGGUUGGACACCCAAUGAAGGUAAAUUACAUAUGGUGCCUGAUUACUUCAGCGCAUCAGAGUGGACAAUAAUUACUGAAGUGCUUGGUGCAAACUCAAGGCAUUUAUUUGAACUUCAUGCACUUAAAGAAAGUGAUCGUUAUCUCAACAUGAUGGGUCAUAUAUCCAACACAUUUGAGGAUAUAAUGGAUGCUUAUUUGGCUUAUUUUCAGAUAACUGUGGUAAAUCCAUCUAUGGACAAGGCUUUGUCACUCCUACAAAAAUUUUCUCUUGAUGCAUACAAUGGAAAGAUACCAAAAGAUAGAUUACGUUUUGGUGCCCCUUGGAGACAUCCUCCUCAUACAGAUGACCCAAUUCAUCAUUUGGAGUGGGCGAAGAUUCAACUGAUGGAUUUUGUGCAGUCAUUGGUCAAUGCUGAAUUUGGGCUGAAUUAUUUUGCUGAUUGCAGCCUUGAAAUCUUUGAUGAUCCUUCAGCAGUAGCAUUGUUAGAGGUGGGUGUGCUAUAUGCUCAACGGGAUCCAUCCUUUAUCCGUCCAGUUUCUCGUGGUAUGCAGAGAUGCCUGGUGAGAUGGCUGGUCCAGGAGCAGUUACAAAUGAACUGGCUCACCUCUUUGCGUUUUACGUGGCACAGACUCUUUCGAGGUCGCUACUAUAGGCACUUGCUGUUACAAACUGGCUAUAAGUAUUAAUUGGCACAAAAGUCUACGUGGCAAUUCCCUGAUGUGUUUAAACGCUGGUUCAUGGGCCGCAAUGAUGUAUCCUGGUGUAAAAUGUACAUAUUAAAAGGACAGCUUUCAGUAUUUAGAACUCAUAAAACAGAUGAUUUAGAAAGGAUUUGAGCUUUGAACUUAUCUUCGCCCUUCUAAAGUACAUCAAGGAUAUUGUGGGAGUCUGGACGGUUUGCCAUUGGGAGGUGGAGAGCGUAAAGGUCAGCUACUAGCCUACUCUCACAUUCAUAAUUACUUGGGAUAUGCCAAGUUUAUAAUUCUGGCUUGAUCAUUUUCGAACCCUAAAUAUGGAACUCAAACUACAAUUGAUUCUAGCUCUGAUCAUCCAGUUUUUGUACACGGAACCGACUUGGUAUCAGGUAGUUCUAGUUCAAGGUCCCUUGAAAUAGAUUCAAAACCAGUAGCAAAACUAGCUGCUAGACGUACCUUGAUUGGAUGCUGAGACAUAUACUAAUGACUACUGAGCAAUGUCUCUACAGUUAAUUUUUUUUUGGCCAAAAUGUAAUUUUUGCUGCUAGUUUUGGUUAGUGUAUAUUGUGGUUUUUAUUUUUAUUAAUCUAUAGGACUUGGUACAUGAAGUCUAACUUAUAUUGCUCAAUAGUGUUGUUUUGUAUUCAAAGAUUCAAGAUGAUAUCAAUUAGUGCAUUCAUAAUUGUUGGAGCUCAUUAUUAGAA